AUGCAUUUUACAGAGAAUUUAAAUAAGGAACAACAAUCUGCCUAUGAUGUUGUUUUAGACUCAACAAUAUCAUCGAGAGUGGCUGCUUCUUUAUUGCCGACUGGGCAAACUGGUCAUUCACAUUUUAAAAUCCCACUUCAAACAAAUUCUGAUAUGCGAUGUUCAGUAAGUAAACAAUCAUCAUUUGGUCAACUUUUACAAACGACAAAGCUAAUUGUGAGGGGUGAAGCACCAAUGAUUAAUAGAUGUGCUUUUAAAGCUUUGGAUAAAAUGUUAAAAGAUAUUAUUGAAUGUGAAUUGCCAUUUGACGGAAAGGUUGUUGUAGUUAUUUUGACUCCAAAAAAUGAACAUGUAGAUGUAAUAAACAAUAUGUCAGUUAAAGAAAUUACAGGAGAUAUAUUUACGUAUUUUGUUUUGAUGAAGUAA